AUGAUACUGGAAUUCUUUUUCAGCAGCUCCACGUCCGGCUUACAAUUACACCCUUAUAAUAAUGUAAAUGGUAUUCGUGGCUUCAAUCAUGCAAUACGAGCAAAAACAGGUAACCCACGUCCUUCAUCAACUUUAGCAGACGUCAACGGUCCGGCUGAGAGUCUUGUUAGCGGGGUGCUCGUUGCAGAAGGACUUGGUAAAUAUUGUGAUUCAGAGUUUGUAGGUCAAGCUACACGAGAAAUACAAGAAGCAUUAGACAUGACUUUGGAGGAAAUGAACUCAGCAGCUCGUGAACUGCUGGCAUAUGAACAAAGUAAUAGACGAUACAAUGUAAACACAGUCAAAGGAUUUCCUAGAUCUCUCGUAAAUGUUCAGUUACCUUCCGAAAAUGUAUUUCAAAAACAAUAACAACAAGCUUUUCAACGGUAUCCAGCCGGAUGAAAAUAAAUGUAACCAAGCGUGCCAACAACUUGUUUAUAUACAGAUAUACACAUUUUAGAUUAAAAUGAUUCUGAAAGUUUAGCCAAAACUACUUUCAUUACUUAUGGUUAUGAAUUAUGCUGUAUAAUUAACUAUUUGUAAUCUUAUUACAACAUUAAUAUUGUGUACCUAUGUAUAUUGAAUGUAUUUAUAACGACUAACUUAUUUAUUGUAUGUAUGUAUAAAAAAUUUAUUAAUAUAUGUAUUAAUAUAUGAGAUGAGUUAUGAACUGGAAAAUUGUUUAAUAAUUACAAUCUUAAACAGAUAUAUUUAUAUGAAAGAAAAUCUAAAUUUUCGCGGGAUGUAUGCAUUCGAUUAUGGAUAGUUUUUUUUAAGUUGUAACACAUUAGCUUAGUCUUGGCUUAUCUGGCCGCUUCCAGUGGGAUGAUUUUACCUUGGUUUCGACGUCAUAACCAUAUAUCCACGUUUUGUCACCAGUUAUAUCCCUUUCGAGCAAACCUGGAUUGUAGCGAACGUCAUUUAAUAACAUUUCUGGAACGAUCAUCGCUGCCACCCAUUUUAUGCCCAUUCGAUUGAAUUGCAUGGCAUGAUCGUUAUCACCUCAGCGCUUGUACCACUUAUAAACUCAAUUUUUUUUUGAACAGACCUCGUAUGUAUAGAUAUCCAUAUAAACAAUAUAAGAAGUUUUGUGCAAUGCUUACAACUUAAACUAGUCAUAAAAAAUUUCAACUUAAAUGCUAAGAGUUGGAAAAGAACUGAACUGCUUCAAAUUAAAUAACUACUUAAUAAUCCUUUUUAUAAAUUAUAUCAUCCUGUCUUUAAUUUUAGUAUUGAUCAAAAAUAUAAAAUCAAUUUUAUGUGUGUAUUCUAGUAACUGCUCUUUGAAUAAUACGUCAACGAAAAGUUUUCAAGUAAAACGCAAUUAUAUUUAAAUGUUAUUUUAGUUACGACUUAUAUUAGUGGGCGCGAUACUUGCGUUAAUCAUUUCUUAUACUGGACCAUUACAUUACAUUGAAGCUAUGAUUGGCAAUUUAACUCUGUGCAUGACUCAAUAUAUAACAACCAUGCAAACUAUUGUCCAUGGCCUAAUAAAUAUGAAAAACCAGAUACUCCAAGCUCUGAUGACUAAAAAAUUUGCGAAUGAAUAUAGUGAAUGCUGUUGGUGUUAGUUCGCACGAAUAACCCCCAAAUUAUUUCUACAGAGUCAUAAAAUUUUUGGUAUUCUCAUAUCGGAAAUACACCUUACCGCUUGGUAUAACUUUUAUAUCACUGACUAUGAAUUGUACAUUAUUAAUCGCCCGGAUGGAAAAGCCAAUGGUGUUACAACUGUACUUAAAAAAAACGUUUUCUUGACUCUUAUGCAACAAUUUGGAUGCAGUCAGCUUCGACCGCAGUAUACUGUCAGUCACGUUUGGUAAUAGAAGAGAAACAAUUUAUUGUAAAUAGACUAUUGACUGUAGGAGAUUACAAAUCGAAAAAAAGUUCGCCAGUUUUAUAAUACGUCCAUGAGAACCAACAAUUUGUCCAAACAAACACAAGGAGGUACUUAAUAUAGUAGACUUUGAAGUAGCCAAAACUAAAGCAUAUAUAUAUGUUUUUCAUUUUAUAACAUUCCAAACUGACAGGCGUAAUUGUGAAAGUGAAACUGACGUUGAUAACGAGGUACUUAUAUAUAACAGUAUGCUAGCGACAACAGUGAACUUAGCAACACCAUAGCAGUUAAAAACUCGAACAACGCUAAUUCACAGUAACAUUGAGUUGCUGGUUAGAAACCAGCGACAAAACAACAACUAACAAGCAAACACUGAUUUAAAUAAUAAUGCGCUCCUGUCAGCUAAUAAUGAUAUCGAGAGGUACACUAGUUCUUUCAAAACAUCUGCAUCACAUCUAAAAAAAAUUCUUGAUACGAUUAUAUCCCAACGAAUUUACUAAAAAACUUCGCAUAUAAUUAUGAUAGCUAAGUAAAUGAAUACAUAACAGAGAAGUAUACAAUUACGGCAGGUGUUCCGCAGGGCAGGUGUUCUUAGACCAACAUUGUAUACACGUAUACUGUUCAUUGCAGAUAUUCAUACAAGUAGCAAAGUAUUUAAUUGUAAAGUACGUGACCUUUUGCGGAUGAUACUGCUAUAAUGAAUCGGUAAAAGCUCCAAAUUACAGCCAAAAAGUGCUACAUCAGCACCGUAAAAUAAUUAGCGAUUAACUGGCAAAAUGACGCAUGUAAGUUAAUGAAAAUAUGUGAAAACACAUAACAUUUACAUUGUAACCAAAAACAUGCCCUACUGUUAAGCUCAACCAUGUUCCAAUUCCUCCAAUCAAAUUACGUACCUGGAAAUCCACUAGGACAGGCACUUGACCUAAAGACGGCACAGUUUUGCUAAAGAGCUGCAGGUUAAACGUAAAUCUUUUUGUUUCCUUGGCUUUUAAACACUAAUUCGAGACUAAGCCUUGACAACAACAUCUUUCUGCAUAAUGUAACAAUCAAAUGGAUAUGGAUAUAUAGAAUCCAGUAAAAGGACAUAGCUUGCGCGACGAAUAUAUAUAUAAUAGAUAUUUCACAAAGAUUAGAAUCGUAGACGUUAAAAGUAGUAUUACUAGAUACAAAUGUUAAAAAAAGGGAUUGUUGAAAACUUGGGUUCAAUGAUGAAAAUUUAAUGUUAUUCAUUAUUAAACUAUAAAUAACUUACCUUAAAUACUCACCUGCAAUCCGGUCCUCUUCUUUCUCUGUCACGAAUGUAAAUAGUUUUUAAGUAAUAAUAUAAAUUAAAAUUACACAUCUUAUAUUAUCUCGCUAGAACUCGAUACGAAGGUUGUGUCGCAAACAAAUUAUUAAAGUUUGUUUAUAUUGUAUAAUUAAUAAUCAUAAAGA